UUCAUUUUCUUUACUUCUAUAACCCAUUUAACUUGCAUUUAACCUCAAUAUUUUUAUUAAUACCAAUGGUUAUGUUGCUUAAUAAUUAGUAAAAUUUAUUUAUUAGUGUAGUGAAAGAAGAGAUAUGCAGGUAAGACAGGUGGUGACACUUUUGGCACUAGGGUGCCUGGUGCUAACUGGUAUGACCUCGGUAUUUGCUCAUGCCGACGAUAGUGACUUUGCUGAUUUCGAUGACUUCGAUACGGACGAUGAGUUUGUGGAGACUGUGUCUACAUCAGCACCAUCAACUGGAGAUGAGAAAUCUGCACAACAAGCACAAAUACCCGAAAAACCGAAAAUUGUAGAGACAGUAUCUGGCAAGUCAGAUGACUUUAAAACAGACGACGAUGACGGAAUUGUUGAAGACGAUGACAACGAAUUUGAACAUUUCCAAGACGAAGAAGAGUUUGAAGGUUUUGAUGCAGGUGAAAGCAAAGACAUACCUGUAGAUCCAAAAACCGCUGAACCGAAACUGACUGUAGCUAAGAUUCCAAUGCACUUCCGCACUCACUGGGACUCAUAUUGGAUGGAAAUGCUUAUGUUGGCCGGUUUGUUAGCCUAUUUCGCUAAUUUCUUUGCGGGUAAAACGAAGAAUGCGAGAUUAGCACAAUUAUGGUAUAGUACACAUAAGGGCCUAUUGGAUGACAAUUUUGUGUUAGUCGGUGAUGAUGGAAAGCAAGAAAACGAAAAUCCUGGGCUGAUGAAAGAAAGUGAAAGUUUAUACACAUUGUGGUGCUCAGGUCGCACUUGCUGCGAAGGCAUGUUGGUUGAGCUUAAGAUGAUUAAGCGUCAAGAUUUGGUUGCAUUAAUAUCCGGUUUGAUACGCCCUCAACAGGAUCAAGUACACAUAAAAGUGGAAAUGACGCGAGGCGUAAUGGAUUCAUUUGUAUUUUGCGUGGGUCUAAGGAAAACUAUAACCAAAGUUUUCAAAGAGUACGCUGAUUUGAACAAAUAUUGCAGUCUAGUCAGUAAGCCAGAGGAUCGCUACAAAGUACCUGCAGGAUUUAGUGCGCUCUCCGAAAUACCUGAAGCCACGUCAGCAAUAUUGGAGGCCCGCGUCAUAACUGCACUCAACAAAUAUCAGCGCUACAUCGACUAUAUCCAUAUUUCCGAUCAAUUUAGUGGUCCCAUUCAACAAGAAGAUGCCAAUAAUUUGAAACAACCAGAAACGAAGUGUAUGCUUAUGGCAGGAUUUAACAUGCCCAAAGGUGUGGAUAUGGAGUCGAUCAAACCGUUGCUCAUACUUAUUUUCUAUUUAAUGGAACGUUUAAAAGUUUACCGCAUGUCUAAAGAGGGCAAAAACAAAGCGGAAAAGAAUCGUUUGCGUGUGGAGGAAGAAUUCUUGAAGAGUACACACGCAGCACGCGCAGAGGCUGCUGCUCAGCGUCGUGAAGACAAGCGCAAACAAGAGAAAGAACGCGUGCUUGCCGAGGACGACCCCGAGAAGCAGCGCCGCUGGGAAAUCAAGGAGCAGAAGCGUCAAGCAAAGAAAAAGGCUCCCAAAAUGAAGCGUUUGGCAGUAAAAUCUUUAUAAGAUUAAUAUGCUACGAAUAGUCCAAUGAUGUUGGCCGCUUCAUCUAACAGUAUUUGUUGUUAAUUUGAUUACGGCUUUCGUUGUAUCCUGGAGAUGUUCUCCUAAAAUCUAUAAGAUAUAGCAAUAAACAUGUAAUUGAGCAUGUCUAUAAAGCCAUAGCUAUACCAACAA